AGCUAGAAAUCAGCUAACAAGGUCGUGGAUGCUACAAGUCAAGAAUAACCUAAAAAAAAAAAACCCAUCCUCUGAUCCGAAAUAUCUUAUGUCUCGCACCUUAGAUUUAGCAAAACUAGCAUAGAUUCCAGCUAACUUCCCUACAAUAUUUAGAUCCAGACACCAAAGAUCUGCAAUUCCACUGUACAAAAUAUGUCAACAGCAACACACUGAUACACAACUUUGUCAAGCUUCUUCAAUGGCAAAUACCCACCAAGGCAAGUUGUUCCUUUUCCUCUAUUUGCUUUUCAUUUCUUGUUCCCCGUCUAGAAUUUUCGCAGACUCUAGCUCCGUCUCAACCCAGCAAGAGCUCGAGCAUGAUAUCCACUAUGCUCCUUAUCGUGAACGCGAGACUGACUCUAGAAUUGAGCUUAAUCAACAAGAAGUUUUAUUAAAUAAACUUGAACAACUAGUGAGGAACCUCAGUGAAAUAGUUGCUAAAUUAGAGCCUAAAUUAUCUGAGUUACCAAAAGUAGCAUCUGUUGAUAGAGAACAGAAUCAAGAGCCAGAAAGGGUUAAUCGGGGAAGUUUUGAUGGUAAGAGAUUGGUUCAAAAAGUUGAAGAAGAAGGAUUAGAGGCCAAGACUAGAGAUGGAGAGAGAGUGGGGGCUGUUUCAGUUACAAAGUACAGUCCAUUUUGGUCAGAGAGGUUUCAAUUCGUGUCUGCUGUGAAAUUAGAUUCUGAUGCAACUUGUAUCCAUGUUUUGCCAUUUAGAGAUUAUGAGGGGCUUAGCAAGUAUGUAGCUGUUGGUGAUGAUAGAGGGAGGGUUUAUGUGUUUUUAAGGAAUGGGGAUGUUGUGGUUGAGUUUUACACAAUGUCUUCUUCACCAAUUACAGCUAUGGUUUCGUAUUUAUCGGCUUAUAGGAAUGAGAGUACUGUGGUAACAGGGCAUCAGAAUGGGGCAGUUUUGGUGCAUAAACUUCGUGAUGUGUCGAACGGGGAGGAUUGGAGCACAAUUUCUAUGGAAAAUGUUGGUAAGUUUGCGUUCCUUGAGAAUGGGGAACAAGGUUCACCUAUAAGUAUCUUGGAAGUGCAUCAUGUCGGCAGAUCAAGGUAUAUCUUGUCAUCGGAUGUUAGUGGGGUGAUUAGGGUUUUUAGGGAAAAUGGGACUGUUCAUGGUUCUGCUAUUCCCACAAGUAGACCACUUGCAUUCUUGAAGCAAAGGCUUUUGUUUUUGACAGAAAGUGGUGCAGGGUCAAUAGAUUUGAGGAGCAUGAAAGUCAGAGAAUCUGAAUGUGAAGGUUUGAACCAAACUCUUGCUCGGAAUUAUGUUUUCGAUGCCACUGAACGGUCUAAAGCAUAUGGAUUUACAUCAGAUGGGGAUUUGAUUAAUGUAUUGUUGUUAGGGGAUAUAAUGAACUUCAAAUGCAGGGUCAGAUCCAAGAGAAAAUUCGACAUGGAUGGACCUCUUGCCUUACAAUCGAUUAAGGGCUACUUGUUUGUUGUUAACGAAGAGAAGGUUUUUGUGUACAAUGUUUCAUCUCAGCAUUAUGUUAGGGUUGGGGGGCCUCGCCUUCUCUUCUCUGCUCUUCUGGAUGAGAUCAAAUCAUCAUUUCUGAAUUAUCAGUCUGCAGAUGCAAACAUCGAGAGAAGAAGGGUGAUACCAUUAAUUGCGAGCGACCGUGAAAAACUUCUUGUUCUUGGCCUCGGGAGUGGGUAUGUGGGAAUGUAUCGUUCUAACCUUCCAAUAUUUAAAGGAGAAUUCAACACAAUGCUAUGGACAAGUCCCGUGUUGUUCUUCAUACUCUUUCUGUUUGGAGCAUGGCAAUUCUUUGCCAAGAAGAAGGAAGCACUUACAUCGUGGGGGCCUGACGAUCCUUUUAGCUCCACAUCUGCUACAACUGGAGCUCCAUUAGGGUCGUCGGCCUCUGCAGACAGGUCAUUUGUAGAUUCAUCUUCAAGAAGCAGUGAUAUGAUGGACUUAAGGGCUAGUGGACUGAGACCUCCAUCAAGGAGGUAUCCUUCUCCUUCUCGAUACCCCGGGGGAGCAACCAGUUCCUUCAGGCCGAGUUCUGCUGAUGCCAAUGCUAGACCUACUUCUGUUGAUCCCAAUUACAGAGCAUCUUCAGAGCUAAAAUUUAGGGGUCCAGCCCUGGAAUCUACAGGUUACCCUAAAAGAAGGGAGAAUCUAUAUGCAAACAAUCAAGUUGUGGAUGAUAGCAAUUGAGUUACAGGAUAAAUUUGCUGUAACAUUCCAACUUGUGGUGUUGGUAUUCUUUUUAGAUUCGUCCUUGGACUGUUCUUCUGCAUUACCAGCGCCGUUUGAGCCUUCAGUGUUGUAACUUAAUUAGCCUGUAGUCGCACUCGCACAAGGUUAAUAAUAAUGGAUAAGAUGUUAUUCCCA